AUGACAGCGGGUACAAGUUUAGUAGUCCCUAUAGUAUUAUGGGGCCGAAUAGCACCAACUCAUUGUAUUUCUUGUGUUUAUUUAUCACGAGAUCAAAAAACUUUAGUUACUGGAUGUUACGAUGGUCAGAUAUGUUUGUGGCAAGUUGAUCCUGAAACACUUAAGAUGACACCAAGAUGUUUACUCGUUGGUCAUACUGCUCCAAUAAUGUGCCUAAGUCGUGCCAGCGUUAUCAAGGAGCAAAAUUAUAUUGUCAGUAGCAGUGAAAGCGGAGAGAUGUGUACUUGGGACUUGGUUGAUGGAAAAUGUCGGGAAGCUGUUAAACUUAACUACAUUCAUACGCAAAUGUUGCCUUAUGUCUCAGCUGGUGGUGAAGACGUUAGAUUGUUUUGUUCUGGAAAUUAUCCAGAAGUUUUAGUAAUGGACCCAUUUAGUUUGGAAGUUCUAUUCACGCUGAGUUCUCAAGUGAAUCCUGAUUGGAUUAGUGCUUUGCACGUUCUACGGCCGGCCAAACGGAAAGGUCGGUUCUACGUGCAUACAAACGACGUUGUGUUGGCUCUGACAACGACCGGUACAGUCAAGGUGUGGACACUUUUGGGACACGAAAAUCGUAACAGUGAACCUCUUUAUGAACACGAGAGCAAACAAAUACGAUGUUUGAAUGCUCUUGCUAUGAUCUGCUGUCCUUACAAUCAACGUACAGUUCUUAUUGUAUGCUCUAAAUAUUGGCAGAUAUUCGAUGCUGGUGAUUUUUCGGUCUUAUGUUCCAUAACAGCACCUCGAGGUGAACGUUGGAUGGCUGGUGACUUUCUAGCAGCAGAUCGUGUUAUUUUAUGGAGUGACGAGGGUCAUGGCUACCUUUACAAAUUACCAGCUAACAAGCUGAAGGGCAAGGCUCUCAGCAGUAGCGUAGCAGAUAACAAAAAUUUUCAUACUGCGGGAACAGAGCAUGAUCAACCAUAUCUUUAUUGUAUUCUAACUCAACCAGGAGAUAGGCCACUGUCAUGCCCACCUGCAAUGAGAUUGGUUACAGUUCAAAGGCAAAAUAAAACAUUGAAGUAUUUACUUCGUGGGGAUAGCGAAGGAGUCGUUGUACUUUGGAAAGUACCUGAAUUAACAGCUCAACAAUUGGUACAGAUAUCUCAGAACGAUGGUUCCACUACACCAACAUUAUCACCGACAGUUAAAACUAGCUUAACAGCUGCUUGGGAAGCAAUGAAACCACCUCCCGUUGGUAUCCUUGAUCAAUUGGAUACGGGAGAUAAGAAUGGUAUUAAGUUGACUGCUAGUAUAUAUCUACCACAACAAAGUCGUUUAGUUGUUGGUCGUGAAGAUGGUAGUAUUAUUAUUGUACCAGCCACACAAACAGUCAUGUUACAAUUACUUCAUGGCAAUCAUCAACAAUUUGAUGAUUGGCCACCACAUCAGGUAUUAUUAGGUCAUUCAGGAAGAGUUAAUUGUCUCUUGUAUCCACAUGGAGCAGCACCACGUUACGAUCGUACACAUCUUGUUUCUGGUUCCGUAGAUUUUGCUGUUUGUCUUUGGGAUUUAUAUGCUGGUACAUUGAUUCAUAGAUUUUGUGUACAUGCUGGUGAAAUAACACAAUUGUUGGUUCCUCCCGAUAAUUGCAGCCCUAGAAUACAAAAGUGUAUAUGCAGUGUGGCAUCCGAUCACAGUGUGACUUUAUUAUCAUUAGCGGAAAGAAAAUGUGUUGUUCUAGCUUCUCGACAUCUUUUUCCAGUAGUUACUAUAAAAUGGAGACCAUUGGAUGAUUUUAUGAUUGUUGGAUGUUCGGAUGGUGCUGUGUAUGUUUGGCAAAUGGAAACUGGCCACUUGGAUAGAGUAUUACAUGGUAUAAUUGCUGAAGAAGUAUUGUUCGCCUGUGACGAGAAUACAAUAACAGCGGCUGGUGGAACUGCUGCUGGCGGUGAACUAGGAUUAGCUAAUCCGGCAGUACAUUUCUUUAGAGGUUUAAGACAUCGAAAUUUAUCAGCAAUAAGACACGCGACGCAAAGAGGUUUGCAUCAAUUACAGCAACUUCAUGGUGGCCAUGGUACAGAUCAUGGUAAUCAAAUAAAAGCUAAGGGAUCGCCAUUGAUGAUACAAGGUUUUAGAAGCAAUCCCAAGGAUCCUGAAAGUCACAUAUUAUUUUUUGAUAUUGAAGCACUUAUAGUGCAAUUGUUGAGCGACGAGUAUGGCACAAUGUCACCAGGAUCAUUAGAAGCUCAAGGAUUAAUUUCAGCAUCGGAAUAUCAAAAGGUUGCAGCCCUGACGCAAUCGGCUAGUCCAGAUGCUCAUAAAAAAAUAGCAGAUUUUUUCGUUCGUGUCAAGGAUAAGGCAGGUGACGUUGAACGAAUUUUAAAGGAGAAGGACCGUCACGGUAUAUUGGCUAAGAUGAAGGAAGGGGCGGAGAAUGUGCACACUAAAUUACAAGCUAAGGCAGAAAGUGUAGGCCUCAAGCCAUCCACUCUUGAUGGCAAAGGUGAUAAUUGGAACAGCAAUGAUGCCUCCUCAAAAAACAAUCUCAAAAGGAAUGGUGCAUUUAGUGAGCCAAAUGCAACGAUGGAAGUUGCACAAUUACUUCUAAGUCUUUUACACGCAUGGGGAAUGGAUCCAGACUUGGAUAGAGUUUGCGAAGGAAAAUUAGGUUUACUGAGACCUAUGGUACCAGUUUCAUUUGGUGUUCUAUCUAAAGGAGGCUAUAUGUCGUUGUUACUUCCAACUUGGCAAACUCAUUUGGAACCUGCUAGUGAGCCUGCAACGCAAUUGGAACAAAGAUUACCUGUUGAAUUAGUAAGGCAAGAGAGACUUACUAGGGCCUUUACCGCAAGAGCCCAUUGGGAAUUAUCAACAACCAUAACUAGUAAUCAUUUAUUGGCUGUGGUAGCAUUAGCCAAUACUUUAAUGUCCAUGAAUAAUGCAACCUUCGUACCUGAACAGGAACGUAAUCGAAAAAUGCAUAGACCUGGUAAUAGAGCAACAGUCAAUUGGAAUAAAGCUGAAGAGGAAAAUGAAGAAAUUUAUACAAUCCAACAAGCACAAAUUAAACAGGGUUGGUCUCUUUUAGCUACGUUACAUUGCGUACUUUUACCUGACAAGGUAACUGCACAAGGUGGAGCAAAAACAUUUAAACGGCCGCAAGUAGAAAUGAUGGCACGCAGAUGGCAACAUCAAUGUUUAGAGAUACGUGAAGCUGCACAAGCUUUAUUACUGGCUGAGUUAGGUAGAAUGGGUCCAAAAGGUAGAAAAGCUCUAGUCGACAAUUGGUCACAGUAUUUGCCAAUGUACAGUACCCAGGAACCAAUUGCACCUCAAAUUCAAAACCAAACUCCACCGACGUCAGGUAGUCCAGUUCCGAUGAACGAAACUCAAGGAGACGACGAGGACGAAGAAGAAGAAUUAGCUGAAGAAGUAAGCGUAGCUAGGAAACCAUCAAGCGUAGCAGAAUUGAAACGUAAACAGACGACAGCAGUUGUAUUAUUGGGCGUAAUUGGUGCUGAAUUUGGUCAAGAUGUUACCAUGACUAACCAAAGAAGAGAUAGCGAGCAAAGGCGGAAAAGUUCAAUCGUCGAAGGUUUUGGAAUUGGAAAUAAUAAUCUUGCUAGACACACCAGUAUGGCUUUGACGCAUCUGUUACUUGCACCACACUCUCCUAAAUUACCUUUGCAUACCCCUCUACGAAGAGCUGCUAUUGAUCUCAUUGGUAGAGGUUUUACCGUGUGGGAACCAUAUUUGGAUGUGUCCAAGGUACUUUUAGGGCUCCUUGAAAUGUGUUGCGAUGCAGAUAAAUUGGUACCAAGUAUGACGUAUGGUCUUCCUUUAACUCCUCAAGCUGAUACAUGUCGUACAGCACGUCAUGCUUUAACUUUGAUAGCUACCGCAAGACCAGCAGCAUUCAUAACAACGAUGGCACGAGAAGUAGCCAGAUUUAACACUGUGCAACAAAAUGCACAAACUUUAAAUGUCAAUCUAGGAGCAAGUGUAUUGAUUAGGGCAAAGCCUGAGAUACUCAGAAUAGUAGAACAAUUAAUCGACAAGAUGCAAAGUGAAAUGAGCGAUUUGUUGGUCGAAGUCAUGGAUAUAAUAUUACAUUGCUUAGAUCCUGGUCAUUUGAAAGCAAAAUCAUUGUCCGAAGUAUUUCCAGCCGUUUGCAGAUUUAAUCAAGUCAGUCAUUGUACGGCAACACGCAGGAUAGCUGUAGGCGGUCGGGGUGGACAAUUAGCGCUUUAUGAACUUCGAGGUAACGUCAAAUGUCAAACGGUACCUGCACAUCAAGGUCCUGUAACUGCAUUAGCAUUUUCACCGGAGGGUAAAUUUCUGGUUAGCUAUUCUUGUUCUGAGAAUAAACUUUGUUUCUGGCAACAAACAAGUAGUGGUAUGUUCGGCUUGGGUAAUUCACAAAUUCGUUGCGUUAAAUCGUACAGUACCGCACCCAUAAAUGAUGUAACACGAUUGAAUCCUAUGCGUUUAGCUCGACUCGUAUGGAUUAAUAAUCGCACAGUUACAUUGAUGUUAGCUGAUGGUUCAGAGACACGUUUCAACGUUUAAAAUUUUUAUUUAGUAGAAUUAUUAUUCUUUCAUCUAAUCGUGCAUUAUCAUCAUUAUUGUGAUCAUCAUCAUCAUUAUCAUCAUUUGACAAGCAUAAAAUGGUAUCAAGAAGUUAGUUGAUUAACGAUCUGUAUUAAACAGAGAGAAGAAAGAAAGAAAGAAAGAAAGAAAGAAAGAAAGGAAGAAAGAAACGAAAGAAAAUGUUGAAAAGAGUGCCAUUGCGGUUGUAAAUGCGCUUGGUACUUAAUAGAGCUAUUAAAUAUUAUACAGAAUGAAACAUGAACGAGAGAUAGAACAAUGUGAAUUUGAAAUAUUUCACAGUAGCAGCAGCAGCAGCAGCAGCAGCAGUAGCAGGAUGACGAUAGUUAUCGUUAAAGAUUUCUUGAUAAAAUCGAUAAACGACAUUGACGAUUUUGUUUCUUUGUUUUUUUUUUUUUUUUAGUUUUUAGUCUUUAGUUUUUAGUCUUGUUGCUUUAUACAAUUUAAUCGAGUUGUCUUAAUUAUUUUAUUUUUUUUUUUUUUUCGUUGAAACUUCACACGAUGACGUUUUAUUCGAUAUAAUCGUAUUACGUGUAUGUACAAACGCCUAGAGAAUUUUGUUGUUGUUAUUGUUC